GCAGCAGUGACAUUGCAGAGCUCACAGGGCAGGAUGAGAAUGCUGAGUGCCGACAUUCCUCUGUGUCAACUGCUGAUACUCAUUAUCUUGCAUGGAAUUUUUGGAACUGUAAAGGGCAAGGAGAUCUGUUAUGAGCCAUUCGGGUGCUUCUCAGACAAACAGCCCUGGUCUAGAACUAAAGAGAGACCCUUUGCUGCCCUGCCCUGGACCCCAGAGUCAAUAAAUACUCGAUUCUUCCUAAACACCCGGUGGAACCCAAAUCAACAUCAGAUUAUCUCUGCUCAGAACAUCACCAGCAUCGAAGCCUCAGCCUUUCAGACCAACCAGACCACAUGCUUUAUUUUACAUGGGAUGGGAGAAAGGGCCGAGAAUAACUGGGUGUCACAAAUGUGCAAGGCAAUCUUACAAGUUGAAGAUGUCAACUGCAUUGGGGUAGACUGGCGUAACGGUUCAGGGAAUAUACAGAUGUACGUACAGGCUGCGAAUAAUAUUCGUGUGGUCGGAGCUGAGAUCGCCCUUCUCUUACAGGUUCUGCAGAAGGAGCUUGGGUACCCCGCUUCCAAAGUGCAUGUAAUUGGGCACAGCCUUGGGGCACACGCAGCGGGGGAGGCCGGCAGGAGGCAUGAAGGAAUUUGGAGAAUCACCGGCUUAGAUCCUGCAAGACAGUUCUUUGAAGAUACUCCUCCAGAGGUCAGGCUUGACCCAUCAGACGCAACUUUUGUUGACGUGAUACACACGGACAUCAGCUCCCCUCUAGGAGCCGGUAUUGCAAAGCCGAUUGGUCACCUGGAUUUUUACCCCAAUGGAGGAAAGCAAAUGACUGGCUGUCCUGCUAAGUUAAGUUUCCUCGGGAACUUUAAUGCCUUGUUUGAUACCAUGACGUGCAGUCACUUCCGUGCUUUCCAGUAUUACACCGAGAGUCUCCGGAGUCCAGGGGGUUUCCUUGGAUAUCCGUGUGAGAGUUACGAUUCCUUCCUCUCGGGCUCCUGUUUCCCAUGUCCUGAGGGCAGAUGUAGUCUCAUGGGACACUUUUCCGGUUUGCCUUCAGCACUCACAGCCACACCGCAAACAUUUUAUUUGAACACCGGUGGAAAUAUCUCCCACUUCUCCAAUUGGAGAUAUAAAGUUUCUGUCACAUUAGGUGGAACAAAAACAUUCAAGGGAAAGUUCUAUGUAAUUCUGUCAGCUACAGGAGGAGACACUCAACAGUAUGAAGUUGUAAGCAAAAGCCUCAUCCCUGGAAACAACUUUUCUGGCUUUAUUGAUGUGGGAUUUGAAUUGGGACCAUUGGACGAUGUGACUUGCAAGUGGGAACCGGCCUUCCUUAAUAUAUUUCAUGACCAGUUUGGGGCCCAGAGACUAGAGAUACAGAGUGGAAAGGAUGGGAAAGUCUCUACAUUCUGUGGCAAAGGAACCGUGAGUGAAAAUGUUCUACAGAAGCUUAUACCCUGCUGAGAUACCUACAGCCAUGCAGUCAUUUCCUUCUUCUUAUUGACGCCAUAGCUUCUACACUGGAAUCCCUUGCUGAGAUACCUACAGCCGUGCCACAAUACUUUGCUUCUCAGUGACCCUAUAACCUUAAUCAAUAUAUAACCAAUUCCUGAUCAUGCACUGACCAGUAACCUGUCAAUUUGAUCAAUGGCUGCCUAAUCGUUAGACUAUUUCAUUCAUUAUUUUAGUUUUGUGUUAAAGGUUGGUUGAUGUAUUGGUUGGCCAAAAACCUGUUGCAGAUCUGGUGGAUUUGGACCAAGAAAUGUAUCUCAACACAUGGUUCUAGUUGGUCAUUGACUAGACAAACCACAAGGCCCAACCCCAGUGGUGACGUUACUGUCCAUACACAGGCCAUGCUAAAGUCAAAAAAAUCCUAUUCCACUCAUCACUACUUGGUGGGAUUUAAAUAUUCCAGUAUCACUCACAUAUAUUCUAGACCCUCAUUAAUCUUAGAUUUAUUGUUCUUUAUACACCACUGUCUAACCACAGUAAUGGACGUCCUACUAGGAUGCUCAUCUGUCGUGCAGGAUUAUUUCACUUGAGCUUUAUGGACAGUCUUCAACCCAAAUUAAGGGGAUAAUGGUAACAUACACAAAUUAACGAACCUGUGGUGGAACAGGAUCUUUGGAAAAUUUUGUGGAAUACUGUACAACAUGGCUUCUACAACUUUUCAGGUUUUUUGAGUACUGCUGAGGUUUAAGGUCAGGGUUGCAAAGCUAUUCUUUAACACUGUAGCACUCCGACCCCACCCAGUACUAAUACUAGCCAUUGUGUAGGACUGGCAGAGUUCUAGAUGACAUGACUGGUUGUCUGUCUUUAUAGACCAAAAUACUAAAUUGAGUUAUCUUUGCUUAAUGUUUAUGACCUUAAGAUGUACUUGAGGUUCAAUAUGAAGAAUCCUUCCUUUCUGAUGCUUUCCUUUGUAAUUCUCGUUCUUUAUUGCCUCUUGAGCCAUUAGCAGAGCAUUCCCACAGAAAUAGAAAAUCUCAUAAACGAGUGAUUAAAAAUCUAAACUGGUUGGUCGCAAAUAAAUUUUGGAACUGUUCUUCAGGCAUCUGAGGUAUGUGAAGGACGAAGUAGCAGAGAUUCUAGGAAACAGGGUUCUUCUCUGAAAGAAAAGCAAUUUAAAAGGUCAAGGUACAAAGGAAUUCAAAAGAAACUGAUGUGAAAAUAUGUUGUAUUGAUUCACUGGUUUAUUCACCUGGUCCAUGAGUUCCUGCAAAAUAAACAAUUUAUAUAGAAACUA